AUGCCUCCUUGCGUGUGGACCUUCUCACCCCUCACCAAGGAAGCCAUGAUGGGGGCGCUGUGGACGGCCAUUCAGACGUACAGGGAGCACAAGGACUCGUGGGCGCGGGUGAUGGAGCGGGGCAUGCUGCAGGACAUGUCGUGGAACAAGGCAGCCGAGCAGUACGAGCAGAUCUUUGGCUGGGCUAUGCAGGACAAGCCGUAUGCUUGA